AUGGCUCUGCUCAGUGCGGCAGCCCGGCUCUGGAGAGCCAAGAAUUCAUCCUGUCUCGUCCUUGCCGCCCGGCAAGCCAGUGCUUCUUCCACGAAUUUGAAAGAGGUGCUGGCCCAUCUGAUACCUAAGGAGCAGGCCAGAAUUAAGGCCUUCAGACAGCAACAUGGGAAGACAGUGGUGGGCCAGGUCACUGUGGACAUGAUGUACGGCGGCAUGAGAGGCAUGAAAGGAAUGGUAUAUGAAACUUCCGUGCUUGAUCCUGAUGAGGGCAUCCGCUUUCGAGGCUACAGUAUCCCUGAAUGUCAGAAAAUGCUCCCUAAGGCUAGGGGUGGGGAAGAGCCCCUGCCGGAGGGCUUAUUUUGGCUGCUGGUAACUGGACAGAUACCAACAGAGGAACAGGUAUCGUGGCUCUCACAAGAAUGGGCGAAAAGGGCAGCUCUGCCUUCUCAUGUGGUCACCAUGCUGGACAACUUUCCUACCAAUCUGCACCCCAUGUCUCAGUUCAGCGCGGCCAUCACAGCCCUCAACAGCGAAAGUAAGUUUGCCCGAGCCUAUGCAGAGGGAGUCCAUCGCACUAAAUACUGGGAGUUGGUCUAUGAAGACUGUAUGGACCUGAUUGCGAAGCUAACCUGUGUGGCUGCAAAGAUCUACCGGAAUCUUUACCGGGAGGGCAGCAGUAUUGGGGACACUGACUCUAAUCUGGACUGGUCCCACAAUUUUACCAACAUGUUAGGCUACACUGAUGCUCAGUUCACCGAGCUCAUGCGUUUGUACCUCACCAUCCACAGCGACCAUGAGGGUGGUAAUGUCAGUGCCCACACCAGCCACUUGGUGGGCAGCGCCCUUUCAGACCCUUACCUGUCCUUUUCAGCAGCCAUGAACGGGCUAGCGGGGCCUCUCCACGGACUAGCAAAUCAGGAGGUGCUUGUCUGGCUAACACAGCUACAGAAGGAAGUUGGCAAAGAUGUGUCCGAUGAGAAAUUACGAGACUACAUCUGGAACACCCUCAACUCAGGACGGGUUGUCCCGGGAUACGGUCACGCAGUUCUAAGGAAGACUGACCCACGGUAUUCCUGUCAGCGAGAGUUUGCUCUGAAACAUCUACCGAACGACCCCAUGUUUAAGCUGGUUGCUCAGCUGUACAAGAUUGUGCCCAAUGUCCUCUUAGAGCAAGGGAAGGCCAAGAACCCUUGGCCCAAUGUCGAUGCUCACAGCGGGGUGCUGCUCCAGUACUACGGCAUGACGGAGAUGAACUACUACACGGUGCUGUUCGGAGUGUCGAGGGCGCUGGGGGUGCUGGCGCAGCUCAUCUGGAGCAGAGCCCUAGGCUUCCCUCUGGAAAGGCCCAAGUCCCUGAGCACCAAUGCUCUGAUGAAGUUUGUGGACUCUAAGUCAGGGUAA